AUGGCCUUUACCAAAAUCUCGGAUAAUGACGUUUUGGUGAAGAUUGAAUGCGUGGGCAUCUGCGGAUCCGACGUGAAACUAUACACGACGGGCUGUUGCGGCAUGGAUGUGUUCACAGAACCCUACGUCAUGGGACACGAAGGCGCCGGUAUAGUUGUCAAGGUGGGUGCCAAGGUGGAUUCUCUGAAGGUGGGCGACCGCGUGGCAAUAGAGCCGACGCAACCAUGUCGAUCAUGCGACCUGUGCAAACGGGCAAAUACAACUUGUGCGUAA